AUGCCUAGCCUGAUCAAGAAGAGAUUGCACGGAGAGGACGCCCCAGGCGACCAGCAGUCAACACUCAAGAUGCGACGAUCGUGCGACGCGUGCGCUUUGGCGAAGCGGCGGUGUGAUGGGGAACUGCGCUGCUUGCUCUGCUGCAAAAAGAGCAUUCGCUGCGUCUACAGCACGCGGCAGAAGAGCGGCCCGAAGGGACAUAAGGCCCCGGCGGAGUCGGUGGCGGCAACUGCGACGACCAGCAUCAGCUCCACGACGACUACCGACAAGCCCAUCAAGCGGCGCAAGACCUCGAAGAAGCCGUCGAAGAAGCAAGCUUCCGCUGCUGCUGCUCCCUCCACGACCACCGGGUGGCAUCACCAGCAGCAGCAAUCUUCGCUGCUCAAGACCGUCCCUCCCGGCACACCAGCUGAUCUCGCACCCUCUCCGACGGCCCCGGUGGCGCCCGCAUCGCCGUCGUUGUCGAAGGGGCAGCAGCUGGCCGCACCCGGCCGCCGGCACCCAAGCCAGCAGGUGGCGAGGAAGGAGCCCCGACCUCGCCACCACCGUAAGGACGCAGAUGGGAAGGAGAUCCCUGCAGUAAAGAGCCCCGCCCCGGCAGCAGCAGCAGCCAAUGCCGUUGUUUCCCCGUCCAACGGCACUGCCACCAGUCGCUUCGCACGCCAGCAGCCAGUGGCACCGGCUCUGCCUGCUCAGUUCCCUUCCCUAGCGCGAUCCAAAUCAUCAGCGGCGGAGGAGACCGUUGGGGGCAAGUUCGCCCCGCUCCCGCGGAUGGUGCCGCGCCGCGGGAGCUCCGUGUCAGCUCCAGGCUCGGGAUCCAGCGUCGACGGCAGCUCGUCUUCGCUGAGCUGGGACGACGUUCAGGACGUGUUCGUGUCGAGCCUUGAGGACGAUGUGCUGUGGAGCUGCGACGACUUCUCAGACGACGACCGGGCGGAGGGCUGGGCAUCGGUGGGGGUUGCGAGCGACAACCGCUCACCCGGCGGUUUUGAUUGGAUCCCGUCCUACGUGGAGGAGAACGCGACGCCCUUGAACGAUGCGCCAAAGGCGCUGGAGGCGAUACUGAUGGCCACCGAACAAGCGUCGGUGUUGACGACCGACCAAACCGCUACCACCGCAGCUCCUCGUCCGGCAGGCAGGUUUGCGGGUCAGCCGCCGCCCUCGGCGGCACUGGCACCGCAAGAGCCAAUGAUGUACCAGAUGCUCCCGAGUCGCGCAUUUUCCCCGAAUGUGGUGUUCGCCCAGCGGAGCCCGGGUGCCGGCGGCGGCUACGGCGGCGGCUGCGAAAGUAACGGCGGUUUGCCACCCUCGGCAAAAAUCAGCGACGAGGUCGAACCCAUCGUCGUCGACGUGCUCCCCGCAGCGGGCGGCAGCAGCAGCAGCAGCAGCGGAAUGCUCCAGAACUCUUCCGGAGGAAUAAGCGAUUCGGAGGCCGCCGACUGCGGGGACGGCGCGUGCAGCCCUAUCUCGGGGUGGACACCGGAGGCGGUCGUGGCCGGCGCUUCGACGCUCCUCGCUGUGCUCUCCGACGCAGACUUCUGCAGCAGUGUCCGCAGCGAUAUUCUGGCGGGUGGCAACGGUUGGGGGGUCGAGCGCAGGCACCAGCAACACCAGCAGCAGCGUAACGACGACAGCAGCACGCGCUGGAGCUGGCCGCCGAGGGACUUGCGCGCGAACUACGGCAUGGCACCCCGUUCUCCUCCGGGUGCCACACCGACGCUCGUCGUCGAUGGAUCCUGGCACACCCCUACUGACGGUGCUGCUGUCUCGGAGAACAACCGUGAUCAUUGUUACCACCGCCAACAGCAACGGCAGCAGCAGCAGCAGCAGCAGGGGCUAGCCCUCGCCCCGCCUGACAUCCUUAGCUUGGUCAAAGAGCUGUCAACGCCGUCGGAUGGAGGCGGGACGGCUGCGCGGAGGGGAAAGGGGUCCAAGAGGUACCGCACCGCUACGUUGUAG